GUCAAAAUUGAACAGCUGUGAAGUCUUCCUACGAGCGGAAAUGUUUUUCCUCUACGUUUCCGGGUUGCCUUAACAGCAUGGCAAACUUAGAACAUGUCGAAGACGACCCCAAACAUGUGAAAAUGUCUGCUGAAAUCACCGCCGCUGCUUCUGAAGUCCAGCCGGCCGGGGUGUCCUCUGUGCCGGGCAGAGACGCGGGAGCAGUAGCGUGCUCUAUCCCGUCGUUCGCAGCCGCCUCCGAGCUGCUGUCAGCGCCUUACUCGUGUCUGGUCAUGAGCACACACCGGAGACACAUCACUCUGCCCCCCAUUUACCUGAACAAGAAGAGGACAGGUAUAAAAGAGGAGCUGGAGGCCGAGCUGCUCAGAUUCUCUCAGAGUUCAGAGGGAGUACCCAUGGCGUAUGACAACAUCAGGAUAGUGAAUCAGCAUGGAAACAUCUAUGACGACAGCGGCUACAUCCACAUGGACAUCGAGGCCAACUUUAUCGUCUUUCAGCCCACAAAGGGACAAAGACUGAUGGGUAAGGUAAACAAACUGGGAGUCAGCCAUGUGGGCUGUUUGGUGCACGGCUGCUUCAACGCCAGCAUCCCCAAACCCAACCUGGUUACUGUGGAAACAUGGCGGGAUGCAGGGCCAAGAAUCGGAGCGGAUCUGGAGUUUGAGGUGACCGCACUUGAUGCUGACAUCUUUGGGGUGCUGCUGAUUAGAGGACGACUGGACAGGACCAGUGUGCAGGAGUUGCUGGCUAUGGGGGAGAGCUCCGAGUCCAACAUAACCACAAACCAACCAGAGCUACCAGAAACAAAACCAGAUGUGGAACCCACAGAGGAGUCUCCUGCUAAAACCCCAAAGAAAAACAAGAAAGUAAAAGAGGAGGAGACAGAAGAGGAGAUUACAAGUACAACCACCCAAUUGGACACCAACAUUACACAAGAGCCAAACAGAACACUGGAUGAAGCAAACGGCAACGAAGCUGGUGAGAAAAAGAAGAAGAACAAGAAGAAAAAGGAAAAACAUGAGAAAGAAGAAGAGGAGGAGACGGAGCUCUCUAACGUGGAGGUACAAGGCGGCAGUGACUCCAGUGGAUACACCAGCGACAAGCCAAGUAAAAAGAGGAAACAUGAAGCUGGUACAGAUAUCACAUUGAGUUUAAAUGACAAUACUGUGUCACCAAAAUCAAAGAAGAAGAGGAAAAGUGAAAUAGAGCAGUUUGCCUGAAAAAGUCAUGUAUUCUCAUCAGAAAAAUUGGUUAAUGGUGUGUGAUGACUGAGGAGUAUCUUCCGUGCCUCAACAGACACACUCAUUUAUUUUAGCAAGCAAGUCUUCUGAUUGUUUCCAAGAGGUCGAGACUUUCUUCCACCACAUGAUGUAGUUUGUGGGGAAAAAACACCUGCAAGAAUGGAGGCACGGAUGCCAGUUGAACUCUCUCUGAACUGCAUUUCCCUUAAACUGCCUGAUGGGGGUGCAAAACUUCUUCAGGAAUCCACAUCAUUAGGACACAAAAACAGAUUGAAACCAUGUCAAACUCAUGGUGGUAAGAGUAAAUUAACAGGGUUUUUGCAUUGACUUAAUGGAGCCAAAUAUUACAGAAAUAUUUUAAAAGUCUGUACCAACUUCAGCACAUUUUGUUCUGCUUGUAUAGCGACCCUCUAUUUAAUAAUUGCCUUUUUUAUGUCCUAUGAGUGCCGCAUAUUUGAAGAGUUUUGUCUUAAAUACUAUAUGCAAUGAAGAGAGAUUUUGUAACACCUGAUAAUUGCAGCACCAGUGCUUCAUCAUUAUCAGGCUCAGUGACGAUCAGCCCUGUCAUGACAUGUUUGUCCUGCUUCACUUUUGUACUAUGGUUUUUCAAUGACAAUUUUCACUUUGAGUUUGUUUGUCUGGAAACCAACAGAAAUGGCAAUUAAAUACCAGAUCCAAAUUAAAGAUCUCUAUAUUUUGACA